AUGGAUGAAAGGCUGAUUGAGGCUUCUCGAAGCGGAAAUGUCCAACUUUUGCAUCAGUUGCUGGCAGAAAAUCCAGUCAUACUCCAUAGUGUUGCGCUGGCUUCGGGAGAGAACCCUUUACACAUUGCUUCCUUGGCUGGCCAUAUUGAGUUUGUUAAGGAGGUUUAAUUAAGAUUGAAACCAGCUUUUGCUAAAGAAAUCAACCAGGAUUGUUAUAGCCCGAUACAUAUUGCGUCUGCCAACGGGUAUUUGGAGAUUGUAAAGGAGCUGCUACAAGUUGAUCCAAGACUCUCCCAGCUUAAAGGAAGAGAUCAAUGUACAGCUCUUCAUUAUGCAGCUCGCAGAGGGAGGAUAUUUAUUAUUAAAGAAAUGGUUUCGGCUUGUUCAGAAUGUGUCGAAGAUGUGACCGAGCAAGGGGAGACUGUUUUUCACCUUGCUGUUAAGAAUAACCAGUUUGAAGCUAUUGAUGCUAUGGUGGAAUUGGUCCGUGACAGGAACAAACUUGACAUCCUGAAUAUGAAAGAUAAUAAUGGCAACUCAGUUCUUCACCUAGCAACCUGGAAGAAGCAACACCAGGUGGUGCAAUGUUUACUUGCCGUUAACGGAACUAGUACUCCGGGUACAUUGGACGUAAACAGUGUGAAUCAGAGUGGUCUAACAGCUCUUGAUCUGCUACUAAUCUUCCCAAGUGGAGCCGGUGACCUGGAGAUCGAUGGUAUCCUUCGCGGUGCAGGAGCUUUGAGAGCACGAGACAUAGUCCACACUAAUCACAACCAUACCGUACUAAGUGUCCCCGCAGCAUCAGAGAGCCAUGAUAGUUUGCUCAUGGACCCAAAAAAUUUGGUGGAGUACUUCAAGUUCAAAAGGGGCAGAGACUCUCCUGAUGACGCACGAACCGCUCUGUUAGUCGUGGCAGUACUGGUGGCUACGGCAACCUAUGAAACUGCAAUAAACCCUCCAGGUGGUCUUUGGCAGGACACAAACUUAAGCAAGAAUGGGACUGAUCCACCACACCUUGUCGGCACGGCGAAUAUCGCCUCUUAUAACACAGCUUACUACGUCGUUGGGGCGGUUUUCAACUCCAUAGGGUUUUCAGUUUCUCUUCACAUGAUCAAUAUCCUCACAACCAAUUUCCCCUUGCGGUUGGAGCUUCAAGUUUGUGGUGUUGCAAUGUACUUUACGUACGUCACUGCAUUGAUUACUAUAUCUCCAGGUUUGACCUCAGGGUGGUACACAUUGUUUGUACUUGUGCCAUUUCUGCCUAUGGCGGUACUACUUGCCGUGAGGUUUAUCAUCAAGCUUACAGAACCUCUGCGAAAUCGACUGCAGACCUGCGGAUUUGUCCUAAAUUAAUUUACAGUCCUAAUUCGAUGUGUAUAUGCAUGUCAUUUGAACAUGAUUCAUCGAAGGAAAGGCGAUAGAAUAAACUUGUUUUUUCUCUAUACAAAAUCAUC